AUGGAAACACAAAAGCCGUGGAGGGCGGAGUAUGCUAAGUCCGCCAGGUCUUCCUGCAAGACUUGCAAGUCCGUCAUUAACAAGGAGACGUUUCGUCUUGGAAAAUUGGUUCAAGCUACUCAAUUCGAUGGCGUUAUGCCUAUGUGGCACCAUGCGGAUUGUGUACUCAAGAAAACAAAGCAGAUAAAAUUAGUUGAUGAUGUUGAAGGCUUAGAAUCACUUCGUUGGGAAGAUCAGCAAAAGAUAAGGAAAUAUGUUGAAUCUGGAGCAGGGAAUAGCACGAGCACGAGCAGCAGCGGUGGCAAUGCCAAACUAGAAUAUGGGAUUGAAGUGUCGCAGACUUCUCGUGCUGGUUGCAGAAAGUGUAGUGAAAAGAUCUUGAAAGGAGAGGUACGUAUAUUCUCGAAGCCUGAAGGCCCUGGUAACAAGGGUUUGAUGUGGCACCAUGCAAAAUGUUUCCUAGAAAUGUCUUCUUCUACUGACUUGGAAAGUUUGUCUGGAUGGAGAAGCAUACCAGACUCAGACCAAGAAGCUCUUCUUCCUUUGGUGAAGAAAGCCGACACUGGCGCAACCGGGACAGAGACAGCAGAAGCACGUCAAACAAAUUCAAAAGCAGGCACAAAGCGAAGAAUGAAUUCUGAUGACAAUGAGAAGUCGAAAUUAGCUAAGACUAGUUUGGAGAUGUCUACAAGAGGUGCUUUACAACCUUGUAGCAAAGAAAGGGAUAUGGAGGCCCAAACUAAGGAAUUGUGGGACCUGAAGGAUGAUCUGAAAAAAUAUGUGACAACAGCUGAGUUGCGGGAAAUGCUUGAAGCAAAUGAACAAAGUCCAAGAGGAUCAGAACUUGAUCUGCGUGAUAAAUGUGCUGAUGGCAUGAUGUUUGGUCCACUCGCUCUUUGUCCACUUUGCUCUGGUCAUCUUUCUUUUUCUGGAGGAGUUUACCGAUGCCAUGGUUACAUCUCGGAAUGGAGCAAAUGUUCUCAUUGCACUUAUGAUCCAGACCGCAUCAAAGGGAAGUGGAAAAUCCCUGAAGAAACAGAAAAUCAGUUCCUUCUGAAGUGGAAUAAGUCGCAAAAGAGUGUGAAGCCAAAACGUAUUCUGAACCCUGUAUCACCUGGUGGAAUGUCUCAAGGUCAAGGUUCUAAAGAUGGAGCUGGCUCCUUAAGGAGUGAAAAGCUGGAAGAUCUUAGAGUUUCAAUUGCUGGAUCCUCUAAGGAACGUCAAGCAUGGAAGAAGAAAAUUGAGGAAGCUGGUGCAGAGUUUCAUGCCAAUGUUAAAAAAGGUACAAGCUGUUUGGUUGUUUGUGACCUGGCAGAUAUGCGAGAAGCUGAAAUGAGAAAGGCAAGGAGGAUGAAAGUGGCAAUCGUGAGAGAGGAUUAUUUGGUUGACUGUUUUAAUAAGCAGAGGAAGCUUCCAUUUGACAAGUACAAAAUGGAAGACAUUGGUGAGGGCAUUGUCACUGUUAAAGUAAAAGGGCGAAGCGCUGUGCAUGAAGCGUCUGGCCUUCAAGAGCACUGUCACAUUCUUGAAGAUGGGAACAGUAUCUAUAACACAACUCUGAGCAUGUCUGAUCUUUCUACUGGUGUUAAUAGUUAUUACAUCCUCCAGAUAAUCCAAGAAGAUAAAGGUUCAGAUUGCUACGUAUUUCGUAAAUGGGGUCGAGUUGGAAAUGAAAAGAUUGGAGGUAACAAACUGGAAGAGAUGCCAAAGUCUGAUGCGGUUCACGAAUUCAAACGUCUAUUUCUAGAAAAGACUGGAAACACAUGGGAAUCUUGGGAAAAGAAAGAGAAUUUCCAGAAACAACCUGGAAAAUUUCUGCCGUUGGACAUUGAUUAUGGAGUUAACAAGCAACUAGCGAAAAAAGAGUCAGCUCACACCAGUAGCAACCUUGCUCCUCCGUUAAUAGAAUUGAUGAAGAUGCUUUUUGAUGUGGAAACAUACCGAUCUGCUAUGAUGGAGUUCGAGAUAAACAUGUCAGAGAUGCCACUUGGGAAGCUUAGCAAACAUAAUAUACAAAAGGGUUUUGAGGCAUUGACGGAGAUACAGAGGCUAUUGACUGAAAGCAACCCCCAGCCUUCUAUCAAAGAAAGCUUGCUUGUUGAUGCUAGCAAUAGAUUUUUUACGAUGAUCCCUUCCAUUCAUCCUCAUAUUAUCCGAGAUGACGAUGACUUUAAGUCAAAGGUGAAAAUGCUCGAGGCUCUGCAGGAUAUCGAAAUAGCUUCAAGAUUAGUUGGUUUUGAUGCUGAUAGCACUGAAUCUAUCGAUGAUAAAUAUAAGAAGCUGCAGUGCGAUAUUUCACCACUUCCUCAUGAUAGCGAAGAUUAUCUGUUGAUCGAGAAGUAUCUUAACACAACUCAUGCCCCAACACAUACGGAGUGGAGCCUUGAACUGGAGGAAGUUUUUGCUCUUGAAAGAGAAGGAGAGUUUGAUAAAUAUGCUCCUUACAGGGAAAAACUUGGCAAUAAGAUGCUCCUAUGGCAUGGUUCUCGGUUGACGAAUUUUGUUGGAAUUCUGAACCAAGGUCUGAGAAUUGCGCCUCCAGAAGCUCCUGCUACUGGCUACAUGUUUGGCAAGGGGAUAUACUUUGCUGACCUUGUCAGUAAAAGUGCUCAGUACUGCUACACAUCUAAGAAAGACCCGGUGGGUCUAAUGCUCCUGAGUGAAGUUGCGUUGGGAGAAGUACACGAGCUAACAAAAGCUAAGUACAUGGAUAAACCUCCAAAAGGGAAACACUCGACCAAAGGGCUUGGCAAGAAAGUGCCUCAAGAUUCAGAGUUUGCCAAGUGGAGAGAUGAUGUGACUGUUCCCUGUGGAAAACCUGUUUCAUCAAAGGUCAAGGCUUCUGAGCUCAUGUACAACGAGUAUAUCGUCUACAAUACAUCCCAGGUGAAGUUGCAGUUCUUGCUGAAAGUAAGGUUUAAGCACAAGAGAUAA